GAUUUCUCUCCCCUCUCUCUCUCUCACUCACUCUCAGUCCUCUCAGUCGUUUCUUGUUUCUUCUUCCCCAAGAAGACGAAGAGCUUGAGAAAUUCGGAAAUCCAAUGGGCGGCCUCUGCGCGGGACAGCGAGCGAGGGUUAGGCGAGAUUUUCUGGAGUUCACUCCCCCGACGGGAGACUUGACCGCUUUCCAGCCAGGGGAGCUCCAACAAAUCAUCGAGCAAGGGAAUCAACUCGGCGACGGAGGGUGCGGCACCAUCUUUGGUGGAGCUCUGCCAGAACACGGCGAGGUUGCUGUCAAAGUCAUCAAUGAGAAUGGGCCACAAGGAAUAGAAGAGCUCGAAAACGAGUUAAACAUUUUGUACACUGUUAGGCACACUAGUGUCAUUCGACCUGUUGGAUUCUGCAUGGCGAGGGGCUUGGACUCGAUCGUAUUCCCUCGGAUGAGCUCUGGAACUUUGGAGAAACACCUCCAUGAUGUCAACAAUGGACAGUUACUGGAAUGGAAUGUUAGACUAGAUAUUGCAUGUGAGGUGAUCCAGGGAUUGAGUUACUUACAGAAUAACGAUAUAGUGCAUCGAGACAUCAAGUCGUCCAACGUACUUCUAGAUGAGGAGUUUCACGCAAAACUUUCGGAUUUCGGAUUUGCAAAGGUGAUACGGCCGGACGACCCUCCUAAAUUGAGAAUACGGGAGGGGACGAUAGGGUACUGUCCCCCCGAGACAAAUGUCGGUUUCAAAACUGACGUAUACAGCUUCGGGGUACUUCUGUUGGAGCUCGUCACGGGACAAACAGCUUAUGAGGUGAACAGAGCCCCAGGACGCGAGUUAGCCAAAUGGGCUGAACCAGUGAUAAAUGCGGCUAUGAACAAUAACGACUUCACUAGGGUGGUUGAUGGCAGACUACAAGGAAGGGCUAACAUGGAUGGGGUGAGAAGAGCUUGUGUUAUCGCUCGGCUAUGUACUAACGAUGAUGUGAAUGAGCGCUACAGUUUACCAGCAACGUUGUCUGCUGUGCUGACAUUAAGGGCAGAUUUCAGGUUUGAUGAAGAAGGGCCGCCUCUUUGAUGUACGUACGUACGUACGUACGUGUAAGUCUUUGAUUGAGACUGGUUCCAAGAUAAGACAAGUGCAACAAUAUAUGUCUUGACUGUGCUCAUUUGGCUUGGCUUGGUUUGUUUAAUUAAUUAUUCCAGUACGUACAGUUUGUUUGACUGCUCUCAUUGAUUGUGCAGGGAUCCAUCCAUUACAUUACAUUCAGUGACAUCGAGUGCGUGGCAUUGGGAAUUGUUGGUGCAGGAUUCUUAGUGCAGAUGCAAGUUGCAUGGAAACAUAUAUAGUGAACAAGUGUAGGAAGUUUAUCAGAGUGUAAUGAAGUCUAUUUUGCUUCCAAGACUUGUUGAGCAACAGAAUCGAGAGUUAUGAUUUUGUGCUUGUUUUGUGACACAGGUGCUACUUUGGAUUUUAUAACCUGAUGAUUGGAUUAAGAUUUCAGUGGCUUGAGUUAAAGUCGCUGUUUGAUGAUCUUUGAUUUGUUUGACAACUAUUAUGGAAUUGCAGGAGCUAGAAUAUAAAUUUGCCUGUAUA